UAAUGAAUCAGACUUUUUAUUGCCCAUACAAUUUGUAGUGUAUGCAACAUAUUUACCAUUUAUGAAUUCAUAGUGCUUAAAAUUUGCCUUUAUUCUUCUACAAGUAAAUGAGCAUUGGAAAUAAUAGGAUUUACCAUUAUAAAAAUAAAUCUGCUGUCACAGCACCACAAUAAUGUAUCACCAAUCAUGUUAUCAGAAGGAUAACAAGAUGGGGACAGAUCAUCCUACUAUUAUCUAUGUAAGUACUACCAAUGAACACAAAUUUGAUGGCACAUAAUCAGGUGACUGGGAUCCAGUAAUAAUCCAUUUGGUAAACCCAACUAGUAAGACAGCAUCUUUUAUAAAUCAGUUGGAUUCAAUGGAAGCAAAAGAAAAAAAAAUGUAUUUCAUACUCAGAUUGUUGUAUAGAUUGACUUAGCUUAACACUAACUCAUGCUUCAUCUCAAUGUGUGGCAUGAAUAUGACCAACAAUGUCUUAUUCAACAAAUCAUGGUUUAGUUUAACUAGGUUGAUGGCCCCUAAAAUAAUAUCCUGCUUAAACAGUUUAUUCAAACUUAAAUUUGCUAUAUUCAUAAAAUGAAGUAAACAUCAAGUCAUUUAUGGAUUGUGCAAUGUGUGAAUCACAUUGCAUACUCAUGAAGGCUUCAUAUUAAAGCUAUGCAGCACUUUAAUUCAAGGGGAAAGGGUAUUUCAAAGCACAUAGGAUCUGCCACCUGCCUCUCUUCAAACCCAAUGUGCCUUUUCCUAGGUUUGUAUUGCAGCUGCAGAGGACAGGCCCACAAUCUUGGGGAAAGAAACAGAUGACUCAAAGAACAGCAGGCUGGUACUAUUUAGUGACAGUGCCCCUAUCCAUUUCAAAGUAUUUUUCUCCUUUCAAAUCUCUACAAGUUACAGUACCCUUUUUCUUCAUUAUCCCUAAUCCAAGUUCUUUGAUCCACAAAUCCUAGGUUCCCUCCUCAUCUCUUUCAAACUAAAUUAAGCCAGGUUCCUCUAUUCAGCUCUUUCUUACAACGCCCUUUUUCUGGCCUUUCUCUUUGCCUUCCUUCCUCUCUAUUUCCUGCUUCUCUCAAGCUUCAUUUUUUUUUUUCAAUAAACAGCCCCCUUGAAGCUUUUCAGUUCUCCCCAUCGCCAUUCAUCCUCCUACCGAUUCAGUUCCAUCUCCUUCCUCUUUCCCUCUCCUGCCCUUGGGAUUCCUUCAUUUACCUGCUCCACACGAAGGAAAUUUGGCUGACUGCCUUUUAAGUGUGUCACCUCAGGCACCUAAUUUUCUCUCGCCUCUCCCUUCGCGAGUCACACCUAACGAUCUCCGUAGGAGCCAGUUUUUUUUUCUCUCUCCCCUAUUACUUUGGCAGUUGAAAGGCGUUUUAAAACUAUCAUCCCCGCAGCCGCUAAGGAUGAGCCAGGACCGCUAUGUCCGUUGGAGCAGGGAGCUCGAGCUCCUCCUGCCUCCUCAGAGCGCGCGCGGGGGAAGGACGCCGCCGUCCCCCUUCACGACCGGGAGGGCCGGCGGCCGCUUUGGGUUCUCGCCCCCGCCCCUCUCUUUCUCUCUUCGGCCUCGCGGCUCCUCAGUCUCGCGGCUCUCCUUCCAGGGAACUCAUCCUCGUCUCCUCCCCCUCCCUCGCAGCGGAAGUGACCUCCGCGUCGCCCGCCUGCUCUGCCAGCAGUGUUGGGCGGCAGCGGCAGCAGCGGGAGACGGCGACAGGGUCGGCGCUGCUGGGUUCGUUCGCUCUGUUGCUUCAUCACCAGGAGCCGCUGUGUGACAGACGCUCGAGGCAGUCGGGUUCGGUGGCCGGGCUGCCAACAGCCGGGCCGAUCCGGCGGGCGACGCGAAGAAGCCGGCAGCAGCCGAGUCUUCGGGGCGGCGGGAGACAGGCGGUUAUCCAACAGGACAGGAAGAAGGCGGCCAUGGCUAAGGCCGGCGUCGCUCCCGAGCUGCCUCCCUUAGCGCCAGCCCUACCGCAUCCAGCCGUACAGAAGGAACUGGUGUACAAUAAGCUGCUACCCUACGGCGAUACGCUAGAAGCCGAGGCCAACUACCUCCUCGCCCAGAUCAAACUGAACCUCAGCCGCGCUGUUCAGCUUCAGGAGCUUUGGCCCGGCGGCCUCUUCUGGACGAGAAAGCUUUCCACGUAUCUCCGGCUUUAUGGGAGAAAGUUUGGUAAAGAAGAUCACGUUCUUUUCAUUAAGCUGUUGUAUGAACUAGUAACUAUUCCAAAAUUGGAGAUCAGCAUGAUGCAAGGGUUUGCUCGACUUUUAAUAAACUUGCUAAAAAAAAAAGAACUUUUGUCAAGAGAUGAUUUAGAAUUGCCCUGGAGACCACUUUAUGAAAUGCUGGAACGUAUAUUGUAUUCUAAGACAGAACAUCUUGGAUUAAAUUGGUUUCCAAAUUCAUGUCGACCAGGCUUGUCUUCACCUAAAACAUUUGUCCUUAAUGUUUUACAUAGGUGCUCAGUAGAAAGUGUUUUGAAGACUCUUGUGAAAAAUUGUCGACUUUAUUUCCCAGAAAGUGCCACAGCAGAGAUGUUAGAUGAAUGGCGGCCAUUAAUGUGCCCUUUUGAUGUUACCAUGCAAAAAGCUAUCACUUAUUUUGAACUUUUUCUGCCUACCACUCUUCCUCCAGAGUGCCAUCACAAAGGUUUUAAGCUGUGGCUUGAUGAAUUUCUAGGCCUUUGGGUUUCAGUUCAAAAUCUUCCACAAUGGGAAGGGCAUCUAGUCAAUCUUUUUGCACGUUUGGCGACUGAUAACAUAGGCUAUAUCAACUGGGAUCCCUAUAUUCCAAAGAUAUUUACCAGAAUACUGCGAAGCUUGAAUCUUCCAGUGGGAAGCAAUCAGAUGAUGGUUCCACGAUUCUUAACAAAUGCUUAUGACAUAGGGCAUGCAGUUAUGUGGAUCACAGCUAUGAUGGGCGGACCAAGCAAGCUUGUACAAAAGCAUUUGGCUGGAUUAUUCCAAAGUAUUGCAUCUUUCUAUCAUCCCUCAAAUAAUGGUCGCUGGUUGAAUAAGCUAAUGAAGCUACUUCAGCGUCUACCCAGUAAUAUAGUCAGAAGACUGCAUCGUGAGCGCUAUAAGAAGAUGAGCUGGCUAAAUCCUGUGCCCGAUAGCCAUAAACUUACUGAUCAGGACAUAACAGAAUUUGUAGAAUGCAUUAUACAACCUGUCCUGCUGGCAAUGUUUAGCAAAACUGGAAGUUUAGAGGCAGCCCAAGCUUUACAGAAUCUUGCACUAAUGCGUCCUGAGUUGGUAAUCCCACCAGUACUUGAAAAAACAUAUCCUGCACUAGAGACAUUAACAGAACCUCAUCAGCUCACAGCUACAUUAAGUUGUGUAAUUGGUGUAGCUCGUAGCCUGGUAUCUGGGGGCAAGUCAUUUCCUGAAGGUCCAACACAUAUGUUGCCUCUAUUGAUGAGAGCAUUGCCUGGUGUAGAUCCAAAUGAUUUUAGCAAAUGCAUGAUCACAUUCCAGUUCAUUGCAACAUUUUCUACUCUCGUGCCUUUGGUGGAUUGUUCAUCAAUAUUACAAGAGAGAAAUGAUCUCACAGAGGUAGAGAGAGAACUGUGCUCUGCUACUGCUGAAUUUGAAGAUUUUGUACUGCAGUUUAUGGACAGAUGUUUUGGACUUAUAGAAAGCAGCACAUUGGAGCAAACAAGAGAGGAGACUGAAACAGAAAAAAUGACUCAUUUAGAGAGCUUAGUGGAAUUAGGACUAUCUUCUACAUUUAACACAAUCCUCACACAGUGCUCAAAAGAGAUAUUUAAGGUAGCCUUGGAGAAGGUUUUCAAUUUUGCUGUCUCAAAUAUUUUUGAGACAAGAGUGUCUGGUCGAAUGGUGGCUGAUAUGUGCCGAGCUGCAGUGAAAUGCUGUCCAGAGAAGUCUCUGAAGCUUUUUGUACCCCAUUGCUGCAGUGUUAUAACACAUCUUACUCUUAAUGAUGAUGUCUUACAUGAUGAAGAAUUAGAUAAAGAACUCCUCUGGAAUCUUCAACUUUUAUCAGAGAUCACUCGUGUGGAUGGGAAGAAGUUGCUACCAUACAGGGAACAGCUUUUGAAGAUUCUACAACGAACACUCCAUUUAACCUGUAAGCAGGGUUACAUUCUGUCUUGUAACCUACUGCACCAUCUUCUUCGGUCUACUACGCUUAUCUACCCCACAGAAUACUGCAGUGUACCAGGUGGUUUUGACAAGCCUCUUUCUGAAUACUUUCCUAUCAAGGAUUGGGGUAAACCUGGUGAUCUACAGAAACUUGAUAUUCAGUGGCACGUUCCUUCAGCCGAAGAAAUUGCUUUUUCUUUUGAAUUGUUGGAUACUUUUCUUCAGCCGGAGGUUGACAAACUGGAGCGAUAUUCAGAUGGAAAUCUUGAAAUGUCCAGAGAUGAUGUUCAGCAAUGUCUUACUAUAGUACACAAUUGCCUUAUUGGAUCUGGAAACAUGUUGCCAUCUCUGAAAGGAGAAAAAGUGGCUCACAUGGUUCCAAGUCUAGUAUCAUUGGAAGAGAUCAAACUUUAUACCGGUGUUGAAUAUGAUUUGUCGAAAGAGAAUUACAGGGAAAGAAUCUGCAAAGUGACAAGAAAACUCCUACACUUUGUACUUGACAACUCGGAGGAUGAUACUAAGUCUUUGUUCCUAAUCAUUAAGAUUAUUGGGGACCUCUUACAUUUCCAAGGUUCACAUAAGCAUGAAUUUGAUUCACGGUGGAAAAGUUUUAACUUGGUGAAGAAAUCAAUGGAGAAUAGGCUUCAAGGCAAGAAACAGCAUAUUAGAGCACUGCUUAUUGACAGAGUCAUGUUGCAGCACGAGCUCAGAACACUCACUGUUGAAGGCUGUGAAUAUAAAAAAGUACAUCAGAACUUGAUCAGGGACCUUCUUCGUUUAUCUACAAGUUCAUAUGGCCAGGUGAGGAACAAAGCUCAACAAGCCUUUUUCACAGCUUUGGGGACUUACAACUUUUGUUGCAGAGACAUCAUUCCUUUGGUUUUGGAGUUUUUGAGGCCAGAUGGGUACAGUGUCACCCAGCAGCAAUUUAAAGGUGCCUUGUAUUGCCUUCUUGGAAAUCAUAGUGGAGUAUGUCUGGCAAAUCUUCAUGAUUGGGACUGCAUUGUCCAAACCUGGCCUGCAAUUGUCUCUUCUGGACUUAGCAAAGCAAUGUCUCUGGAAAAGCCAUCCAUAGUUAGACUCUUUGAUGACCUUGCAGAGAAAAUCCAUCGGCAGUAUGAAACAAUAGGACUGGAUUUUACUGUCCCAGAGACAUGUACUAAAGUUGCAGUCCUCAUGCAGAAGUCACUGGGUCAAAACAGUGAAUGUACAAGCCUUAGUUCAGAAGAGAUUGAGCUGGGAAUUCAGCGACAGAAAGAAAGGAAUGCCGAGUCCUCUCAAAAUUAUGAAAAUUUGGUAAAUAAGCUUCUGGAUUGUGUGAAUCAAAGAAAUCUCCCUUGGAAGUUUGAGCACAUUGGCAUUGGUUUUCUCUCCCUACUUUUAAGGGAUGACAGAGUGCUACCUGUAAGAGCCAUAAAUUUUUUUGUGGAAUGUCUCAAUCAUGAUGUCUUGGUGGUUCGCAAGAUGGCAAUAUCUGCUGUGGCUGGCAUCCUUAAGCAGCUGAAAAGGCCCCACAAAAAGAUGCUCAUCUGUCCUUUCCAAAUUAGUGGAUCCCCACGGCCUUCUAAUAUCCAGGCAGGUGACAGAUCUGAUAACCAAUGGCUGCAUUAUGAGAGUGCUAGUUUACCAAAGACUAAAGAAACUUGGGAAGCCUGCAAUUUUGUGGAAAAAACACAUUGGGGAUACUACACUUGGCCUCAAAAUAUGGAAAUAUAUGCUUCUGUAGAAGAGCAACCAAAACUUGGGAGGAGUAGAAAGGAACUUUCAGAGGCGGAGCAAGUAAUUUAUGAUCACUUUUCUGAUCCUAAUUUUGUUGAGCAGUUAAUCAAGUUUCUUUCUUUAGAAGACAGAAAAGGAAAAGAUAAAUUUAAUCCUCGUAGGUUUUGCCUCUUUAAGGGUCUGUUUAGAAACUUUGAUGAUACUUUCUUACCUGUAUUGAAACCACACUUAGAACGCCUUGCUGCAGAUUCCCAUGAAAGUCCUCAACGCUGUGUGGCUGAAAUUAUAGCUGGUUUGAUAAGAGGGUCUAAACACUGGACAUUUGAAAAGGUGGAGAAUCUCUGGAAAGUUCUCUGUCCACUUCUCAGAACAGCUUUAUCCAAUAUUACAGUAGAAACUUACAAUGACUGGGGAACAUGUAUAGCAACAUCAUGUGAGAGCAGAGAUCCCAGGAAAUUGUACUGGUUGUUUGAAUUGUUACUGGAGUCUCCACUGAAUGGUGAAGGAGGAUCAUUUGUUGAUGCAUGUCGCCUAUAUGUUUUGCAAGGGGGCCUUGCACAACAAGAGUGGCGAGUGCCAGAACUGUUGCACAGAUUGCUGAAAUAUCUAGAGCCUAAGCUCACUCAAGUUUAUAAAAAUGUCAGAGAGAGGAUAGGAAGUGUUUUGACAUACAUCUUCAUGAUAGAUAUUUCUUUACCAAAUACUGCACUAACAAAGUCUCCCCGUGUUCAUGACUUCACUUCUCGAAUACUUGAAAAACUCAAACCCCUUAUGGAAGCGGAUGAAGAAAUUCAGAAUCACGUUAUGGAAGAAAAUGGAGUUGGAGAUGAAGAUGAACGAACUCAGGGCAUUAAACUACUGAAAACUAUUCUAAAGUGGUUGAUGGCAAGUGCAGGGAGAGCUUUUUCUACAGCUGUUACAGAACAGCUUCAGCUUUUGCCAUUGUUUUUCAAGAUUGCGCCUGUAGAAAAUGAUCAUAGCUAUGAUGAAUUGAAGAGAGAUGCUAAAAUGUGCUUAUCAUUAAUGUCUCAGGGAUUACUGUAUCCUCAACAAGUGCCUUUGGUACUUCAGGUGCUAAAACAAAUUGCAAAGAGUAAUUCCUGGCAUUCUAGAUAUACUGUGCUAAUCUACCUCCAGACUAUGGUAUUUUAUAAUCUUUUUAUCUUCUUAAACAAUGAAGAAGCUGUGAACAACAUCAGAUGGCUGGUUAUAAAACUAUUAGAAGAUGAACAGCUUGAGGUGAGAGAGAUGGCUGCUACCACUUUGGGUGGUUUGCUCCAGUGCCACUUCUUGGAGAUUGGUAGCCCUAUGCAGACUCAUUUUGAGCAGCUCUGUAAAAUGAGACUUCCAAAGAAAAGAAAACGAGACCUCAGUACUGUAGUGGAUACCAUUCCCCCUGCAGAUUUAGUUAAACGCCAUGCUGGCGUGCUUGGACUUAGUGCAUGUAUUUUGUCCAGUCCAUAUGAUGUGCCCACAUGGAUGCCUCAACUUUUGAUGGAUCUUAGUGCGCAUCUGAAUGAUCCUCAGCCUAUUGAGAUGACAGUAAAAAAAACAUUGUCCAAUUUCCGGAGAACUCACCACGAUAACUGGCAGCAGCAUAAGCAACAAUUCACUGAUGACCAGCUGCUUGUCCUUACAGAUCUUUUGGUAUCACCAUGCUAUUAUGCAUAAAAGAGUGAGACUGUGUUGUAAAAUCUGUACCCUUGGGCUAUUUCGGAAUGAUCUUCUUGAUAUCCAGCUUGACAUAGCAAAAUGUCACCUUUCAAACAGUGCCUUGUAAUUUUUAGACUCAUUAAAUGAAACCAAUACUGUCUGGCCUUUUCCUUCCUUCAUGUAAGAAUCUCUUUAGAAUUCUCAUUUAAAAAUACAAAAUUAAAAUUUAUUACCCUUUUUAAAUUGAAAGAAAAUAAUCAAAUACAGAUGGGGCAUGUAUUGAAUACGGUGUCAAAGACAUUGAAAGAUAAUUUUUGCUAUCUCAAAGGUGCUUUUCAAAAAGCAAAUGGACUUUGUGUUUUUUUUUCCCUUGAAAACAUUUCACUUCUUGUCCUAGAAGCUUCUUUAGUUCUGACUGAAUGGUGGGGAAUAGAAGGAUUUAUAUUCUUUGCUGUCAUCUGAUCCUUAGCCCUUUAAGAGUCGUUGAGGCCACUUGGGGAUUUAUCUGUACUCUCAGGGUCACCUGAAUCAGCGUGCAAAUGGGUGUGGAACCUUCUUGGGACUGCUGAAAGGACUGUUGUAAAAACCAAGAAAGUCCAGUUGUCUUUUGAAAAGCACCUUUGGGUAGCCAUGAUCUGGAUGAUUGAGAAUCUCCAUAAUUUUUGCUAUAGUAUAUUAUCUUGAAAUCAUUUUACAUUCAUCUUGCAUUAUAUUUAUCUUAUGUGAUGAUAAAAUGGGGUUCACACCACAUUUACAUUUAUGUCAGACUAGUAUGGACAGUAUUUUGACAGCACUGGGUGGUGUUUGCAUGUGGUAGUAAACAGGAUGUGACCUUGACAUAAUGAAGAACAACUGCACUGGAUUUUACUGGCAGUCUGGUUCACUUGUUAUUCUCUUAAUGCAGAGGUUCUCAACUUAAAUACAGUCCCACAGGGGUCUCAAGCAACAUGGAAAGGGGUGAAUUUUAAAAAAAGAUUUCAUAGGUAAAGUCAGGAGAAAAGGCCCAGGUAGCAUUGGGAAGAUGGCAAAACCUGAGAAUCUAGUAAUCUGGAAAAGGGAUGCAUCAAUCAAAAGAGUUUUAUUUAACUCAUUAUUUUAGUUCAUGAGUGCGGUUGAACAAAUUUGAUUAUCAUUCAAGGGAUUAUGGUAUUGCCAAGUUCGAGAAUCUUUGCCUUAAUGAAUUGCCAUGUGUAAAAUAUUUUCACUGUUCAGAAGAGGAACAAGAAAAGAGCCUCAUAUGAGGUCAGAAACUGGAGCAUGCUUGCUUUCAUGAUCUUUGAAUUGAACUGGUUUAUAAUCAUGAUAAAAUUUAUUAUUUUAGUAAAUAAAUCACAAUUAACUUGGUUUGUAAAUACAUACUCAUAUGUUAUUAUUAUUUAUUUUCAAGGUUUAUAGGUUGUAUAGGUUGUUCCAGUCAACAAACCACUAGCAUAAAACAUAAUUUGGGUACAAUAAAUAUAUAAUAGACAAAAAUUAAAAUCUGAAAUAUAUAGUAGAAAUAUGUGCCCAAGGAAUCAAACCACAUAAAGAAGACUGUUUAAAACAAUUGCUCAUUCAGAGAUAGUUACAAUAACUCUGUCUUGUAAAAUACCCAAAACUUCACCAACUUUCUGAAGAACAGGAAAGAUUGAUAAUCUUCCUUGGCAAUUGGGAAGUGAAAUAGUAUAUAGUACAGUAUAUAGAUGAUUUUGAUGACAGAUUUCCAUUCCAGACUCUGCUUAAGAGAGGCAAAUUUUGCCCUUGUUCUUGCUAAAGAUAGAUUGGGUUUUGUGACUGUCAAAUUAUCUGUCUCUUUCAGGGUCUCAGAAAAAUAAGAGACUGCUUCAUUUCUGUAAAGAUAAAGGAAACUUAAAAUUUAACUUAUUGAAUAUAGAACUCUUUUGGAUUGGGUAAUUCAGAGGCUUAUAGUUGGAAUCCUUUUUAAAAGUACAUAUAGUAUGUUCCUUGAAGAAGAUUAGAUUUCUGUUUAACUGAAGAAAAAGGCUCUGGCAUAGUAACUAGUCUCUGCAUGAAUAAGAGAAUUGUAAUUUUCUUUUUCAUACGUCCAUGCAAGUGUCUUGUAUUUAAGAUAAAUUCUACCUUAUGGAAUGACUAAUACUGCAGUUUCUCUUUUUCCUUUUCUUAUAAUUUUCAGAGUUAGAUUAUUUCUUAUACAAAUGGAUUGUUUGUUGAUAUGAGAUGAAUAAAUGGGCACCCAACCUAUAAGAAUAUGCAUGACCAACUCUUCAUUGUACCUUUGGGUAUAAGUGUAGGUAGUAAUACCAUCCCAAUUUUUAAAAAAGAUUUUUAUUUUCUUUUUAGCUCACAUGCAAAACCAAGCUAUGCAGUGCUUUGUGCUCAGUUCUCUUUAAAAUCUUAGCUUCUAAAUAUAUACUGUUAAUCUUUGUUUCAUGGCCAGAUUUUCAUAAGAUCCUUCAUCCAGGUACUGAACUUUAACUUUCCCUGGUUUUGUAAGUGGCAACUUACAUUUUUCCAAUUUAGUAGAGCCCGUGGACAAUAACAGGUAUUUGCUAUUGUUUUAUUUUAUGUAUAUAUGUUAAUAUUGAGUGGUUAAAGUCUUCUAAAAUAAAAUGUUCUGUAUUGAUACUCCCACCUUUCCUCAUUUACUCUAUGUCUCCAUGCUGGAACAGAUACUUAAGUUGCAUUAAAACACAGAAGUACUGUAUCUGUCCCCACCAAAUUCCUUUUUGAUCUGUAACUCUGGUGGCUAUUGACGCACUACUUUAAAAACAUGUCCAAUACAUGUUACAUAAAUGUAAAAGAUUGUAUAAAUUGUAGGGGCAUUGCAUUGACAAAGUACUGUAUAGUUUGCAAAAGUUUUACAUAAUCCAUUUGUGAGAUUAUCUUGUAAAGAAUCACACUUUUCAGUGUUAAAAUACUGCUUUAGCUUUUGUAUCCAAUUCAAAUGCCAAUUUCUUCUGGUUUAUAAUACUGCUGAUUCUCAUUAAUGAAUUUAUUUUGUUUUGGGUUUAAUAUUCAUUUAUGAUUAGUGAAUGAAUUAAUUUUUUACCAAUAUUUUUUUCUUGCUACUAUCCUAAGUAUAUUUUAAUGUAUGGUAAAUAAGAGAAUUGAAAUCUCUGUCCCAUUUAAGAAAACAAAAACAACACAGACUUGAAAAUCACACACUAUAUUUUUUUCUUUGUGAAAACAGGAAUAUAAUAUGCUUUUAAAUCAUCUGCCUGCAAACAUGGCAGUGUAACCUGGACAGCAUGUCCUAAGAGUAAGUGAAGAAAUAACAUGUAUAGGGUAGUGCCAAAUGCAUCUUCUUACUUUCAGUUGUGUACUUAGUUUAAAGCUGAAUAAAUUAAUUAUUUGUAAAACUU